UAUAGCUCCGUACAGGAAUGUGGCAAAUGCUAACAGUACGAUAGCUCCACUGCAACCUAUGAGGGUAGCUAGAUAUGUGAGUCGUUCUUGAUUACUGUAGCAUGGCGAAUAAUUCAUAUAUUUGCAUGUGGUGGAAACGGGAGUUUUUGAUCGAAAUGUGUUGAUAUUGAUGACAGCGAAUACUAUACAUACGAGAGCAGUGCAAAAGGCAACGAUCAUCACGAAGUGGUACAAAUAGCACAUCAUCCGUGCCUUUUUGAGGGAACCAUGGUGAUUACUGUGCAGUAACAUUUGUGAGAUUAGUAUAAUACCAGCUGUGGUCAGAGCAGCGUAAAAAGCAAUUUCUUCGGUACUGCUUUUGGGCAUUCCUUUGCCACGUCCUGUGACAUUCCACAAAGCCACCAUUGCCAACACCAAAGCUGGAUAUCUGGCCAAAAUGAAGAUAAUCCGUUGAUAACCCAAAAAUGGAUUCCGGGCAAGCGCUCGGGCUCGAACGGUCUGGGCGUCGCUCGAUUGAUGGGAGCUUUGUACCAUAUCCGUUACGGUAGGUGCAGUUCCCGCUACUGCUGA